AUGGACUUCCAAGGAGCCGGGCCGACGAGGAGGCAUCAGCCGCAGCCUGCCGGCGGCGACUCCGGCUCCGAGGGGCUGGCGGCGCUAUCCGCCGGCCUCGCGCGGGCCCUGGCCGACAAGCACGCAAACAACAACCUGGUCUUCUCGCCACUGUCCAUCUACACCGCGCUAGCGCUCGUUGCGGCCGGCGCCCGCGGUGCCACCCUGGACGAGAUCCUCCGCUUCCUUGGCGCGCCGUCCCGUGGCAAGCUCGACGCGUUCGUCGACCGGUCGGGCUCCGGCGGCCCGCGCGUGGCGUUCGCGUGCGGCGUCUGGAGCGACAUGGCGUGCCCGCUCAAGCCCGGGUUCCGCAGGGCCGUCGUGGACGGCGCGUACGGUGCCGAGGCCUCCACCGUGGACUUCCGCGGCGACCCCGAGGGUUCGCGCCAGCUGAUCAACGCGUGGGCGGCGCGCGCCACCAACGACCUGAUCGACUCCGUCCUCGGCAAGGGUUCGGUGAGCCCGCUCACUCGCGUCGUGCUCGGUAACGCCGUCUACUUCAAGGGCAAGUGGGAGAAGCCCUUUGAAAAGAGGCACAUCGCCGACGCGCCGUUCCGCCGGGCCGGCGGCCCCGUCGACGUGCCCUUCAUGCAGAGCUGGAAGAUGCAGUUCGUGGCUGUGCACGCCGGGUUCAAGGUGCUCAAGCUUAAGUACGAGAUGGGGGACGCGCGUCACCUGCCUACUCAGAAGGUGGACGUCGGUGAGUUCCGGGUGCCCAAGUUCAAGCUCUCCUUCCAUGACAGCAUCGUCGGCGUCCUCAACAAGCUGGGCCUCGGCCUGCCGUUCAGCGAGGCGCCCGACCUGUCCGACAUGACGGAGGACGACCGCUCGGGCCUCCCGCUGGUCCUGAGCGAGGUCGUCCACAAAGCGGUCAUCGAGGUGAACGAGGAAGGCACCGAGGCCGCGGCCGUAACCAUGUGUCAGAUGUUCAUUGGGUGCGCGGCCAGGCUGAGGCUGCCGCCACCGGUGGAUUUCGUCGCCGAUCAUCCGUUCGCCUACUUCAUUGUGGAGGAAGGGACCGGCGCCGUCGUCUUCGCCGGCCAUGUCCUAGACCCCUCGACACAAUAA